GAAGGAAACUGGCAAGCAGGCUCCACAACUCCCGGAGGAUUCUCCGGGCCCCAUACUGAGCUGAUAUCACUGGGAGGUCCCAGAUCGGGUUAGCUUCUCUGAGUAAGAAGAGAAUGUUUCCAGUUCUGUUGCUGGUGUUUUUUCUCUCCUGUUGGCUUCUUCUUUCACGGCAGAAACAGAAUGCCAGUAAAGGAAAGCUUCCACCUGGCCCUACUCCUCUCCCAAUUAUUGGAAACAUUCUACAAGUAGAUGUUAAGAAUAUCAGCAAAUCCCUGAGCAAUCUCUCAAAAGUCUAUGGCCCUGUGUUCACUGUGUAUUUUGGUAUGAAGCCUACUGUGGUACUGUACGGAUAUGAAGCAGUGAAGGAAGCCCUGGUAGAUCUGGGAGAAGACUUUGCUGGAAGAAGUGAUAACCCAGUAAUUGAAAAACUUAAUAAAGGACAUGUUGGGAUAGUGUUCAGUGUUGGAAAGACAUGGAAGGAACUCAGGCGCUUCUCUCUCAUGACCCUACGGAAUUUUGGGAUGGGGAAGAAGAGCAUUGAGGAGCGAGUUCAAGAGGAAGCCCACUGCCUCGUGGAGGAGUUGAAAAAAACCAAUGCUUCACCUUGUGACCCCACCUUUAUCCUGGGAUGUGCUCCAUGCAAUGUGAUCUGCUCCAUUAUUUUACAGAAUCGCUUUGAUUAUAGAGAUCAAGAUUUUUUAAACUUGAUGAAAAAGUUGAAUGAAAAUAGUGAAAUUUUUAGCUCUCCAUGGAUUCAGCUCUGCAAUUCUUUUCCGAUUCUCCUUGAUUAUUAUCCAGGGAUUUAUAACAAAUUAAAUCACAAUAUUUCUUAUUUUAAAAGUUAUUUUAUGGAGAAAAUGGUGGAACAUCAAGCAUCUUUGGACAUUGAUAAUCCUCGAGACUUUAUUGAUUGUUUCCUCGUCAAAAUGGAGCAGGAAAAACAGAGUCAAGAGCUGAUAUUUACUUUAGAAAAUUUGGUGAUUGCUAUACUUGAUCUAUUUGGAGCUGGGACAGAGACAACAAGCACCACACUGAAAUAUGCAUUGCUUCUGCUGCUAAAGCACCCAGAUGUCACAGCUAAAGCCCAAGAGGAGAUUGAGCGUGUGAUUGGUAAACAACGGAGGCCCUGUAUGCAGGACAAGAGCAACAUGCCUUACAUGGAUGCCUUGGUGCACGAGGUCCAGAGAUUCAUUGACCUCCUUCCCAACAAUUUGCCUCAUGCUGUGACCCGUGAUGUUAAAUUCAGAAAUUACUUUAUCCCCAAGGGCACAAUCAUAUUAACAUCAUUGACUUCAGUCCUGCAUGAUGACAAAGAAUUUCCCAAACCAAAGGUGUUUGACCCUGGUCACUUUCUGGAUAAGAGUGGCAACUUUAAGAAAAGUGACCAUUUCAUGGCUUUCUCAGCAGGGAAAAGAGCAUGUGCUGGAGAGAGUCUGGCUCGUAUGGAGCUAUUUUUGUUUCUCACCACUAUUUUACAGAAUUUUACCUUGAAAUCUGAAGUUGAUCCCAAGGACAUUGACACUACCCCAACUUCCAAUGGAUUUAUUUCUGUACCCCCUAACUACAAACUCUGCUUCAUUCCUGUGUAAAGAAUAGAGAUCAUUUGGUUUUUACAGUGAUACUAUCUAUAACUUCUGCUCACCUGGGGGCGGGUUUACCUCCUUUCAUUUUUUAUCCAUUUCCUGAAAUUACCCUGUCUACCUCUCCUAUCUUCAUAAAAAAAAAAACCAGGAACAUCCAAUCUUUAUUAAAAGAGAAUUUCCGGGGCUGGAGUGAUAGCACAGCAGGUAGGGGUUUUACCUUCACACGGCCAACCCAGGUUCAAUUCCCAGCAUCCUGUGUGGUCCCAUGAGCACCGCCAAGAAUAAUUCCUGAGUGCGGAGCCAGGAGUAACCCUUGUGUAUCGCUGAGUGUGAUUCAAAAAAGCAAAUAAAAUGAAAUAAAAUAAAAUAAAUAAAAAGAAUUUCCUUAAUCUCAAUGCACAUGUAUCAGUUAUUUCAAUAAUCUAUAACUUUUUUUCUG